CCCGGGCCGGGAGCGAGGGGCCGGGAGGCGAGGCCGGGCGGGCGCCGGGCCCGCGGCCGGCACGACGGAGCCCCCGCACGGCCGGCCGCAGCGGUUGGCGGCGGCCCCGGGCCCGCGGCGCGGGAAGCGGCGGCGGCGGGGCGGCGGCGCCAUGGAGCCGCGGGAGGUGAAGGACCGGAUCCUGGAGAACAUCUCGCUGUCGGUGAAGAAGUUGCAGAGCUACUUCGCGGCGUGUGAAGAUGAGACCCCUGCCAUCCGGAACCACGACAAGGUGCUGCAGCGCCUGUGUGAGCACUUGGACCACGCCCUGCUGUACGGGCUGCAGGACCUCUCCUCUGGCUACUGGGUGCUCGUGCUGCACUUCACCCGCAGAGAGGCCAUCAAGCAGAUCGAGGUGCUGCAGCACGUGGCCACCAACCUGGGGCGCAGCCGGGCCUGGCUGUACCUGGCCCUCAACGAGAACUCCCUGGAGAGCUACCUGCGGCUGUUCCAGGAGAACCUGGGCCUGCUGCACAAGUACUACGUCAACGGGCUUGUUGGCGAGGGAGGGCGAGCUGGACCCCAGCCCAGCACCACCACCGUCCCCUCCGUGCCUCACAGGAAUGCCCUGGUCUGCAGCCACGACCACCUGACUCUCUUCCUGACCUUGGUGUCUGGGCUGGAGUUCAUCCGCUUCGACCUGGACCUGGACGCCCCCUACUUAGACCUGGCCCCCUACAUGCCCGACUACUACAAGCCUCAGCACCUGCUGGACUUCGAGGACCGCCUUCCCAGCUCGGCCCACGGCUCCGACAGCCUGUCCCUCAACUCCUUCAACUCGGUCACCUCCACCAACCUGGAGUGGGACGACAGUGCGAUCGCCCCGUCCAGUGAGGAUUAUGAUUUUGGAGAUGUGUUUCCAGCAGUGCCGUCUGUACCCAGCACAGACUGGGAAGAUGGGGACCUCACAGACACCGUCAGUGGGCCCCGCUCCACUGCCUCCGACCUGACCAGCAGCAAGGCUUCCACCAAGAGUCCCACCCAGCGCCACAACCCCUUCAAUGAGGAGCAGGCAGAGGCCAUCUCCUCCUCCGACACCACCCCUGUGCACACCGCCUCUCAGGGGAGGGAGCCGCACCCCUCGGAGCUGCUGGACGCCGGCACGGAGCUCGAGGUCAUCAGAACGCAGCUAGCUGCACUGCAGGACCUGCUCAGGGGCCUCUGGCUGCUGCCAUCUGUGCCUCCUCGGGCUGGUCCCUGCCUCUGCCAGCCAUGGGGGAGACCUCAGGGGCCCAGCCGCUGCUGCCCCCAGCCAGGACCCUGCACCCAGCACUGCCCGGGACCACUGAAGCUCUGGCCAUGCCCUCAGAGGGUCACUAAGAAAAAGAAAACUGGCAAGAAGAAGAAGACCAGAUCAGAUGAGGAAGCCAGUCCCCUUCGCCCAGCCUCCGCCCAGCACACGGGUGCCAGGAGGGGGGAUGGCGACAGCCGGGUCAGCAGCCCAGGCCUUGGGCGGGGCUCACCAGACACCACCUUGGCUUCCCCCCAGGAGAAGGGAGAGGGGCCCAGCAGCGCUGCUGAGAGCAGCGAGCGCUCAGAGCCCAGCCAGAUGGGCCUGCUCAUCCCUGAAAUGAAGGACACCUCUAUGGAGCGCGUGGGGCAGCCCCUGAGUAAAGUCAUCGACCAGCUCAACGGGCAGCUGGACCCGCGCACCUGGUGCUCCCACGUCGAGCCCCCAGACCAGCCCUUUCGGACCGGCUCUCCGGGGGACACCCCGGAGAGACCGCCGUUUUGUGACUUUAGUGAGGGGCUUCCAGCCCCAAUGGACUUCUACCGCUUUACCGUCGAGAGUCCAAGCACUGUUGCAUCAGGUGGCGGCCACCAUGACCCUGCAGGGCCUAGCCAACCGCUGCAUGUUCCUGGUGGCCCUGCGGCUGCUGGCCAAGAAGAAGAGGGAGGAGGAGGAGGAGAGGGAGAGGCGCCUCCGCCUCUAGGGGCCACCCUGGGGGAGGCUCAGGAGCCAGAGGCCCAGGCACCGGAGACCCAGGUGCCCCCUGUCAAGGAGGGGCCUGGGCCUGAGCCAGAGUCUGGGACCCAGGAGGCUCUUUGUCAGCUCAAGCGAGACCAGCCCAGCCCAUGUCUGAGCAGCGCCGAGGACUCUGGGGUGGAGGAGGGGCAGGGGAGCCCUUCUGAGAUGUCCCACUCGGCUGAGUUCAGAGUAGACAACAAUCACUUACUCCUGCUGAUGAUCCAUGUGUUUCGAGAAAACGAAGAGCAGCUCUUCAAAAUGAUCCGGAUGAGCACGGGGCACAUGGAGGGCACCCUGCAGCUGCUGUACGUGCUGCUCACAGACUGCUAUGUCUACCUGCUCCGGAAAGGGGCCACAGAGAAGCCAUACCUGGUGGAAGAGGCUGUUUCGUACAACGAGCUUGACUACGUGUCGGUGGGCCUGGACCAGCAGGCGGUGAGGCUGGUGUGCACCAACCGCAGGAAGCAGUUUCUGCUGGACACGGCCGACGCGGCUCUGGCUGAGUUCUUCUUGGCUUCUUUGAAGUCGGCCAUGAUCAAAGGCUGUCGGGAACCCCCGUACCCCAGCAUCCUGACCGAUGCCACCAUGGAGAAGCUGGCACUGGCCAAGUUCGUGGCCCAGGAAUCUAAGUGUGAGGCAGCUGCUGUGACUGUGCGCUUCUACGGGCUGGUGCACUGGGAGGACCCCACUGACGAGUCCCUGGGCCCCGUCCCCUGCCACUGCUCACCCCCCGAGGGCGCCAUCACCAAGGAGGGCAUGCUGCAUUACAAGGCGGGCACCUCCUACCUGGGCAAGGAGCUCUGGAAGACCUGCUUCGUGGUGCUCAGCAACGGGAUCCUCUACCAGUACCCCGACCGCACCGACGUCAUCCCCCUGCUCUCGGUGAACAUGGGGGGGGAGCAGUGCGGUGGCUGUCGGAGGUCCAACACCACGGAUCGGCCCCACGCCUUCCAGGUCAUCCUUGCUGACCGGCCCUGCCUGGAGCUGAGCGCUGAGAGCGAGGCUGAGAUGGCCGACUGGAUGCAACACCUCUGCCAGGCCGUGUCCAAAGGGGUCAUCCCCCAGGGGGUGCCUCCCAGCCCCUGCAUCCCCUGCUGCCUGGUGAUCACCGAUGACCGCCUUUUCACCUGCCACGAGGAUUGCCAGACCAGCUUCUUCCGCUCCCUGGGCACAGCCGCGCUGGCCGACAUCAGCGCUGUCUCCACGGAACCGGGCAGGGAGUACUGUGUCUUGGAGUUCUCCCGGGACGGCCAGCAGCCCCUCCCGCCCUGGGUCGUCUACCUGAGCUGCACAUCUGAGCUGGACCGGUUCCUGUCUGCACUGAACUCUGGGUGGAGAACCAUCUACCAGGUGGACCUCCCCCACAAGGCCAUCCAGGAGGCCUCCCACAAGAAGUUCGAGGACGCCCUGAGCCUCAUCCACAGCGCGUGGCAGCGCAGCGACAGCCUCUGCCGCGGCAGAGCCUCCCGGGACCCCUGGUGCUGAGGCGGAGCUGGCCGGUGUCCUGGUGGGCAGGACGGGGAGGCGCGCGGGGCACACACGGUCACCACGGCGGCGGCGCGCUGCGUGGGGGCCGGGCCUCCCCCGUUCCACAGCCCACUUCCACCCCGGGCGGCAGAACCAGCGGGCGGGGCUGAGAUAGGGUCUGUCCCUCCCUGUGACCCAGAGCGGGUGCGGAACACCCUGGGCACCCUGCCCAGCAGGUGGGCACUGGGAAUGCCAGGGGCAGAGGUCUGAGCCCUAUGGGCUCUGUAGUUGCACAGCCUCCUCCCAGGGCCACGCCUCAGCCACGCCAUCUCUUUAGGAUGGCGAUGGGAAUAAUACCGACCCUGAGGGAGCAGAAGGAUGGGGGGGGGGGUCCCCUCUUCCUCUCCAUCCCGGGCAGAUGCUCAGGCCGCCCUGGGGCCCGGAGUGUCUGGCCAUCCUGUUCAUUUUUGAACAUAUACCCGGCCGUGCAGGGAAGCGCAGCACUGAGGUCUUCGUGCAUGUCAUCUCCUCACUAACCCGUCCCACGCGCACUGCUGCCUGCCUUCCAGGGCGGGGCCGGGGAGGACUGGCCUCCCUGGCUGCCAGGAGGCCCUGCAUGUCCGUGGGCCCCUGCUCUUGCCUCUCCCUGAACCUGGCAGUGCCGUGGACCCAGGAAUCAGGCUGUGUCCUUGCACCGGGAGCAGAGGGGAGGGAGGCGGGCAUGGAGCGGGGCAGAGCCCACCAGCCUGGGGUCCACGUUGGAGCCUCCUGACUGUCCUGCUUGGCUAGAGCCAGGCCCUUCCCAAGAGCUUGUCAAGGGCCCUCUCGGGGAAGGAGUCGGGUCUGGGUUUUGUUUUUUAAAAUAAAAUAGAUGUUAUAUUGCCAA